UAUCUGAAGCAACCAAAUAGGAGUUUAGGGACCCAACACAUAUUUAUAUUAUAUUGAAUUUUCCAGAUCGCUUCAGCCAAGGCUGGAAUAAUCGAUUAUACAAUUGGCCUCACACCAGCAGAUAUGAUCAAAAGCUCCAGACUCGCUCACGUUGAUUGUGAUUGACACCAGAAAGUCCAGGAUGUUCCACAUAGAUGAGACAGAGCUGAAGGAUCUAGAGCAAGUUGUCCUUCGAGCUACACAAAGUUAUCCACUGGACAGAAAAGAAAGCUGUGGCUUAUUAUCGUGGUUAACUGUUGUUGGUCAUUGGCCAGUGAGGGUCAGUGGACGUUAAACAUUACAUGUUGAACAGAAACAACCAGACAGGCCGGUGGAACCAGGUCAUCUCUUUUCAGGGCCCUUUGUCUUUUCCUCAGAUAUAAGAUAAAAUGCUCAAAAUUUAUUGGGUGAAGUAAUGAUAAAUGAUAAAUAAAAUGAAGAAUUGGGCCUGCGUAAGAAACUAUUUCAAAGAAAAUCGAGACUUGCAAAAUGAAUGUCUCAUUACCACUGUGUGAAUAAUUAGUCAAACUAUCCAAUGAGGAAAAACUUGAAUUCAAACAACAAAAUAACUGACUGUCAUUUAGAAACGAGCUGUUUCCACGUGACUCAUUUAGCUUCACAAUCACACUUCAGCCCCUCGAAGUCUCACUCUGAAAAUAUCAGGACGUUCUCAUGCAGAAUUUCAAAGUAAAAGGGAAUUAUGCUAUUUUCACUGUUUUGGUUAUGGCAACAGAGAAGGAGAUUAUUUUUGGUGUCUUGUCAAUGGGCCAGGGCGAGAUAAGAAAAAGAAAAAAAAAUGUUAACGUUUAGAGUGUGAUGUUUUGUCAAAGUGUUUUAUAUUUCUCUGCAUUUGUGUGGCCCUCUGCCUCCCUCUAUUGGUAGUAUUUGGUUCUGACCUGCUUACACUUAGUGGUACAUAUUGAUUGCUGUGCAUUGAGUUGUAUCAUGUGCAGUGCAAUUAUUUGCUGUGCUUGCAGUUUAGUGUUCGACCCGUUGAUUGUGCAAUAUUUGAACCCGAUUGCCUUGUUGUGUGUUUUAGCGGGUUGGGGUUAGAGCCUGUACUUUUCAGAAGUUCAACCCUUGAGUUUCCUGAUUUGUGUUGUUUGUAGUUUUCAUGAAUUUGUAUUGCACAACAUUUGUUUUUUUAUUUAUUCCCCCUCCUGGUGAUUAUUCUCUUUCCUCUGAUACCAGACCAGGUUUAAAGGGCCGUGGCAGUAUUAUAAAACCUUAAAUAAACAACAACCUUAACAAACAGAAACGCUUCAAUGGUUGUAAGUGUGGCUGAGACAUUAACAAAACGAGCAUAUGUAAUUAUUGAUAAAGUCAUAACCAUAUAUCCCACAGCAAAGCAUGGAAACUCAUGGUCACAGAGUUUGAAGGAAUAUAAGUUUGAAUCCAAUAAAUGUGACGUUUUGCAUGUCUAAUAACAUUUUCAGAUUCAUUUUUCUACCUGUACAGGCAUGACGAAGAAGUUGAUUAAAACUUCAGGAGUUAAGGUGAAGCCAGAUGCAUGGAAAGUUGACGCAGCAAACAUGUGUGUUGCCGCCACACAGGGAAAAACAGCCGUGGGGCCUUCACUCAAAGUGUAGUAAAACGUCGUCAGUCAUUAGCCAGGGAGGCUCAGGGAAGGUUCAAGUUUUAGUUGAACACGGAAAAGCAGAGAGGCAGGAGGAAGCAGCUCCUUCUAGAGACCUGGUGUCUCCUUCUCUGAUGUCCUCACAUAUCUGAGUGUCUCCAGUUCCCGCUGACACAAAGUAUCUGUGUCACAGGAGCGAUGUCAGCGUUGAUCUCUUCCUCCGUGCUGAGGUCUGCUCACUCACUCAGAUCCGUGGAUGCACUCAAACGCAGCCGGACACUGAAAUCCUGCAGCACGACCUUGCUCCGAUGUGCCAGGUCGCUCCACGUGGACAGUCCUCCUCUCAAACCCUCUGUUACCAGCAGUUAUGUCCAUGGCGCCUCCUCCAUCUCUCUGCUCUCCCAGACUGUUAGCCAGAGCCUGGACGCCACGGUGGAACGCUGGCCAGACCGUGAAGCUGUGGUUUUGCUGCAGGACGGCCUCCGGAAAACUUUUGCACAGUUUCAGCAGGAUGUUGACAAGGCAGCUGCAGGCCUCCUCGCUCUGGGCCUGAAGCGAGGCGACCGACUGGGAGUCUGGGGACCCAACACAUAUGAAUGGAUCCUUUUCCAGUUCGCUACAGCCAAGGCUGGAAUCAUACUGGUGUCACUGAACCCAGCCUAUCAGGUGAAGGAAGUGGAGUUUACUCUAAAGAAGGUCCAGUGUAAGGCGGUGGUCUGCCCGACUCACUUUAAAACCCAGAAGUUCUGUGAGAUGCUGAGGGAGAUCUGCCCAGAGACUGACCUGACAUCAGCCGGUUUAAUCAAAAGCUCCAGGCUGCCAGACUUGCGAAUGGUGAUUUUGACCGACAGCAGACAGCCGGGGAUGCUCCACGUAGACGAUGUGAUUCAAGCUGGAGAGAGUCGGCACCACAGAGAGCUGACGGAGCUACAGAGCAAGCUGUCCUUCGAUGACCCCAUCAACAUCCAGUUCACCUCAGGCACCACUGGGAGUCCGAAAGGAGCUUCUCUCUCCCAUCACAAUAUUGUCAACAAUGCCUACUUCGCGGGGCUGCGAUUGGGCUACGCGUCAAGACCUGAGGUGCGGGUGUGCGUACCUGUGCCCUUGUACCACUGCUUCGGCUCGGUGCUCGGAGGCAUGAACAUGGCAGUGCACGGCGUCACGCUCGUCUUCCCUGGGUCGGCCUACAACGCCCAGGCCAACCUGAAGGCCAUUCAGAGCGAGAGGUGCAAUUUCGUCUACGGCACCCCCACAAUGUUCAUCGACUUGCUCGGCCAACCAAAUUUGCACGAGUAUGAUUUGUCCUCGGUGGAAGCUGGUUUAAUGGCGGGUUCUCCGUGCCCCCCCGAGGUUGUGAGGAGACUGAAAACGGACAUGAACAUGAACGAGAUAACGAUAGGUUAUGGAACUACUGAGAACAGCCCCAUCACGUUCCUGGGAUAUCCAGAAGACAGCGACGAGCUCAAGAUGAAUACUGUCGGAUGUAUCAUGAACCACACUGAGGCAAAAGUGGUGGAUCCCAACACAGGGGAGGUCGUCCCUCUGGGGGCGCCGGGAGAGCUGCUGAUCCGAGGCAGCUGUGUCAUGCAGGGCUACUGGGAGGACCCUGAAAAAAACAGAGAGGCUAUCACCCAAGAUCGCUGGUUCAGGACCGGUGACACAGCUAGCCUGACGAGUCUGGGAUACUGCCGAAUUGAGGGACGUAUUAAGGACAUGAUCAUCCGUGGAGGGGAGAACAUCUACCCUGCUGAGAUAGAGCAACUACUCUAUACACAUCCAAAAGUUCUGGAGGUGCAGGUGGUUGGAGUGAAAGACGAGAGGCUGGGGGAGCAGGUGUGUGCCUGCAUCAGGCUGAAGGAAGGUCAUACCUGCAGCACAGAGGAGAUUAGAGCGUUCUGCAAAGGACAGAUUUCUCACUUCAAAAUCCCACAUUAUGUGAUUUGUGUAGACAGCUACCCCCUGACUGUCUCUGGAAAGAUCAAGAAGAACAUAUUAAAGCAGGAUAUGGAGAAGAACCUGGGCCUUUAAUUUGUGGACUGAUGGACAUUGCAGGAACCUGCUGAGUCAUGCAUUUUGUACCAAGAACUGAAAUGGACCUAUAACACUGAUUUGUAUCUUGGUUUUUACCAUAUUUUUAAGUUUUAUGUUUAAAAAAAUUAAAACCUGAAA